CUGGUGGAUUUAGUUAGAGUGCGUGGAUCAUACGAUUGUUACUUUGUGUCUUUUUGGUUGGUGGCGGUAUAUGUUUAGCCAAAAGCAUUGAUCACCGAACAAGUUGUUACUAAUUAAUAUUUUUACGUUAUUACAGUGUUGUUGUUUUUAUUUUAAUAACAUUACAAAAACAAUACCACAAUGUUGAUGCAACAAGCAAGACGUAUGUUCCUUGCCAACAGUAUCUGCAAUAAGAAUAUUUCCUUAAAGCUUAUUGCAUGUUACUCCACCAGCGGUAGAUCAGCAAGUAAUAAAGUUUAUAACUCGGCUGAAGAAGCUUUGGCUGAUAUGAAAGAUGGCGCCCAAAUUCUCUUUGGAGGUUUUGGUCUUUGCGGUAUUCCCGAAAAACUAAUUGAAGCCAUCACAAAGAUGAAUGUGAAGAAUCUUACAGCUGUUUCCAAUAAUGCCGGCAUUGAUAACUGCGGUUUGGGCAAGCUGUUGAGAACACGACAACUCAGCAAGAUGAUUCUUUCAUAUUUAGGCGAAAAUUCUGAUUUGUCUAGUCAAUAUUUGGGAGGUGAAUUGGCCAUAGAAAUAACACCACAAGGUACACUGGCUGAAAAAAUUCGUGCUGCUGGUGCUGGCAUUCCUGCGUUUUUCACUGCAACCGGCUAUGGCACAUUAAUACAAGAAGGUGGUGCCCCCAUUAAGUAUGCUAAGGAUGGUACCAUUGAAAUACCCAGUAAACCAAGGAUUGUACAAGAGUUCAAUGGCAGAAAAUACGUAAUGGAAGAGGCUCUUUAUGCCGACUAUGCUGUUGUUAAGGCACAUGUUGCUGAUACUAUGGGCAAUUUGAUUUUUAACAAAGCUGCCCGCAAUUUCAACGCUCCAAUGUGUCGUGCUGCUAAAAUCACUGUUGCCGAGGUGGAAGAGAUUGUUCCUGCUGGUUCUUUGAAUCCUGAUCAUAUUCAUGUUCCCGGUAUAUAUGUAAAACGCAUCGUCAAGGGCACCAACUAUGAAAAACCUAUUGAAAAAGUACGCAUCACAGAGAAUGGUGAUGAAAAAUCGAAACCACCAUCUGCCGCCCAGCUUAUCCGUGAACGUAUUGCCAAGCGUGUGGCCGUGGAAUUCCGUGAUGGCAUGUAUGCCAAUUUGGGCAUUGGCAUUCCUGUACUCUCCUCCAAUUAUAUUCCCAAGGGCAUGAAUGUUUUAUUGCAGUCCGAAAAUGGUAUCUUGGGAUUGGGACCAUUCCCCACAAAAGACAAGAUUGAUCCUGAUUUGAUCAAUGCUGGUAAAGAAACUGUAACUGUUGUACCUGGAGCUUCCUACUUUGGAUCUGAUGACAGUUUUGCCAUGAUUCGUGGUGGUCACAUGGAUUUGACAAUUUUGGGUGCCAUGGAAGUAUCGGCUACCGGUGAUUUAGCUAACUGGAUGAUUCCUGGUAAACUAGUUAAAGGCAUGGGAGGUGCCAUGGAUUUGGUAGCAUCCGGCAGUAAAGUCAUUGUUUCCAUGGAACAUAAUGCCCGUAAUGGUUCUUCUAAAAUCAAGGAUACUUGCUCAUUGCCUUUGACUGGCAAAGAGGUGGUCGAUUUAAUUAUUACAGAAAAGGCUGUUUUCGAAGUUGAAAAGGGUGUUGGCUUAACACUCAUUGAAGUAGCUGAAGGUCUAACCGUCGAUGAUAUUACCGCUUGUACUGAAGCUAAGUUCAAAGUUUCACCCAAUGUUAAAAAGAUGUCACAAAUAGGAGAAUAGAAUAGAUAUGGAAGAUAAUCUUGUUGCGUUUAACAAUAUUAACCAUUACCUCAGAUCAUUAAUUACCUAAUAACAUUUAUAUGCAAUUGUUUGUUUUUUUUAACAUAAUUGAUUAUUUUUAUACAGCCAGACGUUGUAAUGUGUACAAACUGAAUCAAGACAAAUUAAUAAUUCAGGUGGACAAUGAAUGAUAUCAAAAUAUUUAAGAUGAUUUAAGAUAUAACUAAAGUGAUAGAGAUGAUUGCAUUUAUUUUUUUUAAUAUACAUGUAAUCUAAUUAAAGAAUAUAUAUAUUAACAAA